CUUGCUAACUUUUUGGCUCUUUUCAAAUAAAAAAAACGACGACACCAAAAAUCUCAACUGAAAAAUAUAAACCCCCAGAAAAAAAUAAAAGCUCUGUUGAUUGCUCACCUCUCCCCAUUUAUCCUCCUCAUUUUCUCUCUCCUCCACACACACACUCUCUCAUCUUCAUCUUGUUCCAUUUUUAUCAACUUCUGCAGAUUCUGAGCUUCAAUUGAUUCAUCAAUGGCGCUACAAUCAGCGCCGAAACUUCUCUACUCUUCUUCGGUGUUCUCUUCCAACGAACGUCUCGUCUUCGCUGAUUUCGUCGGUCUUUCUAAGAAACGUUCUCGUCGUCGGAGAAUCGCUACUUCUAGAAACUUCCCUGCGCUUUCCGCUGUUUCAUCGGCGAUCAAAGCUGUCAUUGAUGUUGAAUGUUCUCAUCGCAAUCAUUCUGCUUCUCCUCCAGAAUCCACCUCUUCUCAUCCAUUGGACCAGCAGGUUGUAAAUUUGGAAGAUAUACUUGCAGAGAGAGGAGCUUGUGGUGUUGGGUUUAUUGCCAAUUUAGAUAAUAAGGGGUCACAUCAAAUAGUCAGGGAUGCUCUUACUGCACUUGGUUGCAUGGAGCAUCGAGGAGGAUGUGGAUCAGAUAAUGAUUCGGGUGAUGGUUCAGGAGUAAUGACUGCAAUUCCGUGGGAUCUUUUUAAUGAUUGGGCCAAAGACCAAGGAAUCAGCUCCUUUGACCAGUCGCACACUGGUGUUGGAAUGGUUUUUCUCCCUAAAGACGAUAUCCUUGCAGAAGAGGCUAAAAAAGUUGUUGUAGAAAUUUUUGCUCAAGAGGGUAUCGAGGUGAUUGGAUGGAGGGCGGUCCCCACAAAUGUUGCUGUUGUUGGUAGAAACGCUAGAGAAACCAUGCCCAACAUACAGCAGGUUUUUGUUAGAGUCAUUAAAGAAGAGAGCAUUGAUGAUAUUGAAAGAGAGCUCUACAUUUGUCGGAAACUAAUAGAAAGAGCUGCCAGUUCUGAAACCUGGGCAACUGAGCUUUAUUUUUGCUCCUUGUCCAAUCAGACUAUUGUUUACAAGGGCAUGCUUCGUUCAGAAGUUCUGGGUAUGUUUUACUAUGAUCUUCAAAAUGAACGUUACACAUCACCAUUUGCCAUUUACCAUCGUAGGUACAGCACAAACACUAGUCCUAGGUGGCCACUUGCCCAGCCAAUGAGGUUUCUCGGUCACAAUGGGGAGAUCAAUACCAUACAGGGGAACUUAAAUUGGAUGCGAUCUCGAGAGGCAUCAUUGCAGUCACCUGUUUGGCGUGGCCGUGAAAGUGAAAUUCGCCCUUAUGGAAAUCCCAAGGCGUCUGAUUCUGCUAAUCUUGAUAGUGCAGCAGAGUUAUUAAUCAGAAGUGGUCGUGCCCCAGAAGAAGCAUUAAUGGUUCUUGUCCCAGAGGCAUAUAAGAACCAUCCAACCUUGAUGAUCAAAUACCCUGAGGUUGCGGACUUCUAUGAUUACUACAAGGGGCAGAUGGAAGCUUGGGAUGGACCUGCUUUGCUUCUAUUCAGUGAUGGAAAAACUGUUGGUGCUUGUCUUGAUCGGAAUGGCCUUCGUCCUGCUAGAUACUGGCGCACAGUGGACAAUGUCGUCUAUGUUGCAUCUGAGGUGGGUGUUUUGCCAAUGGAUGAAUCAAAAGUUACAAUGAAAGGCCGUUUAGGGCCAGGGAUGAUGAUAUCAGUGGAUCUCCUCAGUGGUCAGGUUUAUGAGAAUACUGAGGUCAAGAAACGGGUAGCUUCAUCAAAUCCUUAUGGGAAGUGGGUAAAGGAAAACCUGCGCUCAUUGAAGCCGGUAAAUUUCCUUUCAGGAGCAGCUUUGGAAAAUGACACAAUCUUAAGAAACCAACAGGCAUUUGGUUACUCAAGUGAGGAUGUCCAAAUGGUAAUUGAAAGUAUGGCUUCCCAAGGGAAGGAGCCUACAUUUUGCAUGGGAGAUGAUAUUCCUCUAGCAGUAAUGUCUCAGAAGCCACAUAUGCUUUAUGAUUAUUUCAAGCAGCGAUUUGCCCAGGUUACAAACCCGGCUAUUGAUCCUCUGAGGGAAGGAUUAGUCAUGUCUCUUGAAGUUAAUAUUGGCAAGCGUGGGAAUAUAUUGGAGGCUGGACCUGAAAAUGCCUCACAGGUUAUAUUGCCUAGUCCUGUACUAAAUGAAGGAGAGUUGGAAGCUUUGAUGAAUGACCCUUUACUAAAGGCUCAAGUGCUGCCGACCUUUUAUGACAUAAGAAAAGGAGUAGAAGGCUCUUUACAGAAAAGACUUGAUCGGCUAUGUGAAGCUGCUGAUGAAGCUGUUAGAAAUGGUUCCCAACUUCUUGUUCUAUCUGAUCGUUCCGAUGACUUGGAAGCAACUCGACCUGCCAUCCCGAUACUCCUUGCUGUUGGUGCUGUUCACCACCAUCUAAUUCAAAAUGGCUUAAGAACUUAUGCUUCGAUUGUGGCUGAAACUGCUCAGUGUUUCAGUACUCAUCAGUUUGCUUGUUUAAUCGGAUACGGGGCAAGCGCCAUUUGCCCGUACUUAGCAUUGGAGACAUGUAGACAAUGGCGGCUAAGCACUAAAACUGUGAAUUUGAUGCGAACUGGAAAAAUGCCCACAGUUACGAUUGAGCAAGCACAAAAGAAUUUCUGCAAGGCCGUUAAAUCUGGUCUGCUUAAAAUUCUUUCAAAAAUGGGUAUCUCACUGCUUUCUAGUUACUGUGGGGCUCAAAUAUUUGAGAUAUAUGGAUUGGGUGAAGAUAUCGUUGAUACAGCUUUUCGAGGGAGUGUCUCUAAAAUUGGUGGAUUGACUCUUGAUGAGCUUGCAAGAGAGACAUUGUCAUUUUGGGUGAAGGCAUUUUCUGAGGAUACAGCCAAAAGACUGGAGAAUUUUGGAUUCAUACAGUUCAGGCCUGGAGGCGAAUAUCAUGUAAAUAACCCAGAGAUGUCGAAGCUGCUGCAUAAAGCUGUCCGCAACAAAAGUGAAAGUGCCUAUGCAGUUUAUCAACAGCACUUGGCUAACAGACCUGUCAGCGUGCUUCGUGAUCUGCUGGAAUUCAAAAGUGACCGAGCGCCAAUUUCUGUUGGUAGAGUUGAACCUGCUGCAUCUAUUGUUGAACGCUUUUGUACCGGUGGGAUGUCCCUUGGAGCUAUCUCUAGGGAGACUCAUGAAGCAAUUGCCAUUGCGAUGAAUAGGAUAGGGGGAAAAUCCAACUCAGGAGAAGGUGGCGAGGACCCAAUCAGAUGGCGUCCCCUGACUGAUGUGGUUGAUGGAUACUCUCCUACCCUGCCUCAUCUAAAAGGUCUUCAAAAUGGAGACACUGCAACCAGUGCCAUCAAGCAGGUUGCAUCUGGACGUUUUGGUGUCACUCCUACGUUUUUGGUUAAUGCCGACCAAUUGGAAAUAAAAAUUGCACAGGGUGCUAAGCCUGGUGAAGGGGGCCAAUUACCUGGAAAGAAAGUUAGUGCAUAUAUUGCUCGACUUAGGAACUCAAAACCUGGGGUUCCUCUUAUUUCUCCACCACCACAUCAUGACAUUUAUUCCAUUGAAGAUCUUGCGCAGUUAAUUUAUGACCUUCAUCAGAUCAAUCCCAAGGCCAAGGUAUCAGUGAAACUAGUAGGAGAAGCUGGCAUUGGCACAGUUGCCUCAGGUGUAGCAAAGGCUAAUGCUGACAUUAUUCAGAUAUCAGGACAUGAUGGUGGAACUGGAGCCAGCCCAAUAAGUUCUAUUAAGCAUGCUGGUGGUCCUUGGGAACUUGGACUUACAGAAACCCACCAGACCCUUAUUGAAAAUGGACUCAGAGAAAGGGUCAUUCUCAGAGUUGAUGGAGGAUUAAAAAGUGGGGUCGAUGUUAUGAUGGCUGCGGCAAUAGGUGCUGAUGAAUAUGGUUUUGGCUCUUUAGCAAUGAUAGCUACUGGUUGUGUUAUGGCCCGCAUCUGUCACACGAACAACUGUCCUGUUGGUGUUGCCAGUCAGCGGGAAGAGUUACGUGCCCGGUUUCCUGGUGUGCCUGGUGAUCUGGUUAACUACUUUCUAUACGUCGCAGAGGAGGUCAGAGGGAUCUUGGCGCAGUUGGGCUUUGAGAAGUUGGAUGAUAUAAUUGGGAGAACAGAUCUUUUAAGACCAAGGGACAUCUCAUUGAUGAAAACUCAACAUCUUGAUCUGAGUUAUUUACUUUCUAGUGCUGGUCUACCAAAAAUGAGCAGCACUGCCAUCCGGAAGCAGGAAGUUCAUACCAAUGGACCUGUGCUAGAUGAUCAAAUACUUUCAGAUCCUAUGAUAAUAGAUGCUAUCGAGAAUGAAAAGAUUGUUAACAAAACUGUUCAGAUAUUUAAUGUGGACCGUGCUGUUUGUGGCCGUAUAGCAGGUGUUAUUGCCAAGAAAUAUGGUGACACUGGUUUUGCUGGGCAGCUAAAUAUAACUUUUACCGGGAGUGCAGGUCAAUCUUUUGCAGUCUUUCUGACACCUGGAAUGAAUAUUCGUCUUGUUGGAGAAGCUAAUGACUAUGUCGGAAAGGGUAUGGCUGGAGGCGAGGUGAUAGUCACCCCUGCUGAAAAUCCCGGUUUUUGCCCAGAAGAGGCUACAAUUGUUGGGAAUACCUGUCUAUAUGGAGCUACAGGAGGUCAAAUUUUCAUAAGAGGUAAAGCUGGGGAACGUUUUGCUGUACGGAAUUCACUUGCUGAGGCAGUUGUUGAGGGUACUGGCGAUCAUUGUUGUGAAUAUAUGACUGGUGGUUGCGUUGUCAUACUUGGAAAAGUUGGUAGAAAUGUUGCUGCCGGCAUGACUGGAGGUCUGGCUUACAUACUUGAUGAAGAUGAUUCCUUCAUUCCAAAGGUGAAUAAGGAGAUUGUGAAAAUCCAGAGAGUGACAGCUCCAGUUGGACAGAUGCAACUGAAGAGCCUAAUUGAAGCACAUGUUGAAAAAACUGGAAGUUCCAAAGGUGCUACUAUUCUGAAAGACUGGGACAAGUAUCUGCCACUCUUUUGGCAGUUGGUUCCACCUAGUGAAGAAGACACCCCUGAGGCAUCUGCGAUGUUUGAGCAGAAAUCCACCGAGGAGGCUACUUUACAGUCUGCAUAGAGAACUGCUUAAAGAUCUCACCCAUGUCUUCACCUAAAGCUGUCGAGAUUCUUAGUCGCAAUUUGCAAACAGUAAAUGGAAAAAAGAGGGGGGAGGGGGAGCUGCAGGCCCCUUUUGUUGAAUGUAUAGGGAUUGAUUUUGGAGCAUAUUAAGGUCAAACACUGCACCUCAGCUGGAUAUCGUUGGCCCAAGACGAAGGUCUUCAUUUCCUCAACUUGGGAGCUGAUCCAUUCACGAAUGUCUUCUGUGACGAGAAUCGUAUAUAAGGCAACUGUAAAUUCUUACUUACCAAUCCUUUUUUUUUUGGGGGUGGUGGUGGUUAUUUUUCUUGAGAUCUCAUCUGAGAUCCUAAAUGUUCAGGUGAUCAUUGAAUCAGCUUUUUGGUUAUCUCAGACAUCCAGAAUAGGGCUGCCUGUAAUUUAUGGAUCAACUUGUCCAGAUUCUGAAUAACUUAAAUAAAUCUAAGUGGUGGUUUGUGAUGCAUGUAA